AUGACCGACGGCUCUUACUCUUACACCGGUUCCUACACCGGCGACUACUCGUACUCGUACUCGUACAGCUAUUCGGAUGGCACCGGCUCCUAUACCGACAGCACCGCUGAAAAGUCGCAGGGCCGCGUGCCGAGAGCGGCUCCCGCCGCUAAAAACACACAGAGCAAGAAGAUGCCUUCUCCAUCAAAGCCCGAGCCUACGAAAAACGUGGAAUCUGAAGAGAGCUACAGCUACAGCUACAGCGCCCCCUCUUCGCCGAACGAGGGGACAGCCGGCGCGGCAGUACCAGCUGCGGUCAACAGUGCGAGCAAACAGAAGCGGCCGACGAAUGCAAACGAGAGCGAUGAUAGAUCGUAUAGUUACUCCUACACGGAUGGCGACGACUCGUACAGCUACAGCUACUCCGACAGCAAGGCAGGGACCGCCUCACCACCCGCGCUGAGGGCACCCAAGGUAGAGGUGGCAGGGGCAGGGCAACAGCACACCACACCAGCGGCAGGACAUGCCGAUAGGUCCGCAGGUGCCACCCCGCCACCGGUGACGUCGACUGCCGCAGCUGCCACCAACGUGGCGUCCACGGGGUCGUACUCGUACUCGUACUUGGACUCGGACGAUGACGACGGCUCGUAUACCUACAGCUACAGCUACAGCAACGAGGGAGACUACACGGACGACUCCCACUACUACUCGGACGGCUCGUACUACUAUUCCAACGGCUCGUACUACUACUCAGGCGGCUCCUCCUACUACUCGGACAGCUCAUACUACUACUCGGACAGCACCUCCUACUACUCGGACGGCUCAUACUACUACUCGGACGGCUCGUUCUACUACUCAGACACCUAUUCGUAUACCGGAGACAGCAGCUAUUACUACUCGUAUUCCUCCUCUGUUACUUCCGGAGAGCAGAGAGGGAGACGGGGCAAGCCGGGUGCCGAGACGGCGUCGGGCUCAUCGGACUACUACUACAGCUACAGCAGCGACUACGCAGACUUGUCCGACUCCUACUACUACAGCUCGUCGUACACCGGCGAAGACAGCUACUACGACUACUCGUAUCCGUCCUACAGCUAUUCCUCCUACACGGAUAGUGAAGGCAUCCAUCACCACGCCGUGGACAGAGCAAAGCGCCGCGAAGCAGCGGGGGGCAGCGGCACGUCAUCCUACACGUACAGCGCGACAAGCAAGUCGCCCACCUCUACAUCAUCGUACGCGUACGGCAGCUUUGCCGCGUUCCUACUGUCGGAGAGCAGAACGGCUGCGCAGCGGGAACUUCUGGUGCUGCGUGCUCCCGUAAAGGACGUGCCGCACCCGCCGCAGGCGCCGAAUCGCUGCUUUGUUGUCUUCAAAACCACCGAGGACGCGGUGUGGGCGUUCCUCCAGAGGCUUAUGGCGGUGCAGAAACUCUACGAAGAGCGGCGCGCAGCAGCUGCUGGCCAGGUUGUCGCACCCAUCUCUUUUAUGGAGUGCGCGAAGUCACCGUCGCUGUGUGCAGCAGGGACAUUCGGCAGCGAGGCAGCGGAACAGGAAGACACGGUCACCCCGUUCAUUCCGACAAAGGACGGCUGCUUUAGUGAGCGCUCCAUGCGCAUCGCGUUUCGCGUGCUGCGACUGAACCACCUCGAGCGUCGCGAGGCACUGAAGAACGCGCUGCUACCGCUGCCGAUGGAGGUUAUGUUAGACAUCUUCAGCACUUGUGUGGCAGCGCGAGCGAAGGAGCAUGUGGUGCAGGCUUUUUUGGCACACGAUACUUACCAUAGCGGCGAGAUGUCGCUGACGCAGCUCUGCGCGCUGCUGCGCCGACUCGGGCUCGGCACGAGUCCGAUCAUCGAAGGCCACCGAAUUAGUAUUGGUGUGUCCACGGAAGGCGCCCUGGAGAUGGUGGUAAACGUCGAGCAAGUGGUUCAGUCAGGCGCCCCCGCUGCGCCGGUGUCCGCCAAGUCACAGAAGCCGGUGAAUUGGGAGGUGACUCCCGUCCACGUCCUACGCAUCAUCCGACAGAGUGCUGCCAGGAACGAAUCGGCGCCAGUGCGCUGGAAGAACAGCAGGCUCUACAUGGGACGCCACGCCAUUGUGUGCAAUGUCACUACGAAGGCCCUGUUCCAGCGACUCAAGACGUAUAUCGAGGCCGCCACGCACCUUUGCGUGCUCGCCAAGGUGUUCUCCAUCAAGGACGCUGCGAAGGGAACGCUGACAGUGCAGUACCCGCAGUUCAUCCGCAGUGUGCUGCUAGCAGAACCUUCCGCGCACUAUCACGCCGACACCGCUGCGUGGGCGGCGCCGCGCAAGCUGCUGUACAUUGAAAACGUCUUCCGUGCUGUAUUCCACCCGUUUGGGGUGCUGCGCGCCUACGCGGCCGGCCGGCCCGUUCCCCGCUACCACCGUGACUGGGCCCUGGAGUCGACGCUCUACUCGACAAAAGACACGGAAGAGAAGCGCCGCCGAAACGUGGUGCCCGGCAUCGGCACCGACAUGCGCCUUAUGCCUGACCCGUCCUCCCGUCCGGCUGAUGAGGUGCAGCUGUCGUUUGUUCUGCAGAAAGUUCGUGUUCCGGCACAGCUGCCGCGAUACGCCCGGUGCUUCUGUCUUGUGAGCGCGGUCACUCCCGCGAACGUGUUUCUGCCGGCUGUCGAGGUGCCGGUGCGUCUCAUUGUCGCGUCCGCAACGAAGUGCGGCUACUACACGUGGAUGCUUCACGAUAAGAAGCACAAGAAGCGCGACGCAGUCCUGCAGUUUGCUGGGUCGGCGGUAGAUAGAAUCUAUGUGGAGUGCUGCUACGAGACGCAUGACAUAUGGCCUCCGGAAAACAGUGAGGACACAGCGGCUUCGACGGCGCCGUCGUGCACCACCACCGUGUGGUGUGCGGGCUACGCGGUGUUUGCCGUGAACGGAGCCAGGACGGCGGUGCUGCCGGUCAAGGCAGGGAGUCUGCUGCAGGAGCAGCCGUACUAUUCGACUCUGCUGGGUAGCGGCGUCGCCGCUGGGACCGCAGCAUCCGCGAUGAUGAUGACGCCUGGGGGAAAUUACGCGAAGCUGCAGAACGACUCCUACUGUUGUGCAUCCAAGUCUAGUCGGUGCUGCCAGCACAGGUACGCAGCUGAUAAGGCACAUCAGAUUAAGGUGAAGGUGCUCAAGUCCGAGAAGCCCAUACCCGGAGCAGAGCGGCUUCCGGCGCGGUACAUUGCCUUCCAGCGGCAUGUGCCCAUGAUCUCGCAGCUGCGCGCCGCCGUGGAGCUGGUGGGUAGAGAGACGUCGCACGUUGGGCAAGCCUUCCGCCAGCAGGCGGUCCGCUACAUCUUCUCCGUCGCUGCUGACCCUGCGCUGCUGGAUCAGCUGUGCGGCCUCUGGAAGUACCGAGAGCGGCACUGGAGCAAGGCAGAGCGCAAGAAUGAAGAACACAAGCAGCGCACCCUUCUCUCCUGCGUCGCCGCUCUCUACGCACUCAAGAACUCGUGCGCUGGCAGCCAGGAGAUCUUUGCCAAGUCCCUGGAGAAGGGAAAGCCGUUGCAGAUGACCAUCGACCCUGCGGCACCGAUGGUGCCAGUUCGCGUCUAA